GCAAAAGAGCUUAAAGCAGAGAAAAGAAAAACAGUGAAAAAUACCAAUUAAUUAAUUCGCUCAGAGUUUAACAACAAAGAGGAAAUGGAUAUCGGCGGCAUCAUUGGCGGGAUUCCAGUAAUUGCGUUAUUCAUUUUUACUGGAAUUCUCAUAAAUCUCAUCCAAGUGAUCUGUUAUGUUACAAUCCGACCGAUGUCGAAAAGUAAAUUCCGACGCAUUAACGGAGCAAUUGCAGAGUUGUUAUGGUUGGAGCUUGUUUGGAUGAUGGAGUGGUGGUCUGGCUUUGAGGUUAAAUUGUAUACGGACGUCAAAACUUUUCACUUGAUGGGCAAGGAACAUGCAAUUCUUAUGCCUAAUCAUAUUUCUGAUUCCGAUACGCUGCUUACAUGGGUUUUAGCUCAGCGCGUGGGCUGUCUUCGUAGUGCACUGACAAUUGUAAAGAAAGAAACCCAGUUCCUUCCUGUAUUUGGAUGGACAACGUGGUUUUAUGAAUUCAUUUUCGUCAAUAGAAAUUGGGCAAAGGAUGAAAGCAAACUCAGGUCAAGUUUCGAAGCUUUAAAGGAUUUUCCGAUGCCGUUUUGGAUGACAAUAUUCGUGGAGGGAACACGUUUGACGUCCGAUAAACUGUUUGAAGCUCAAGCUUUUGCCUCUUCCAAAGGCUACCCCAUUCCUAAGCAUGUUCUCAUCCCUAAGACCAAGGGCAUAGUAACAGCCGUUCAAAGCUUGAGAUCCUUUGUUCCAGCGAUUUAUGAUGUUACGAUUGCAGUUCCCAAAAACCAACCCUACUUCCCCACUUUACUCACCUUCUUCAAGAUGCAGCCUUGCAAGGUGAAAGUGCAUAUAAAGCGAUAUCCGACCAAGGAUCUGCCUGAAUCAGAUCAGGGCAUUGCCCAAUGGUGUAGAAAUAGGUUCCUUGCAAAGGAUGCACUAUUAGACAAUUUUGCAGUAACCGGCACAUUCGAAGAAGAUGAAAUCACAGAAUUUCGUCGUUCAGUCAAGUCAUUGAUAGUUACUCUGGUGUUCAUCAUUUUACUUUUGCUGGGAGGAUGGAUAUAUCUUCAAAGGCUCUCAACUGGAUGGAGAUAUAUAAGUUUAGCCACCAUUAUUGGAACUGUCACCAUCGUUGUUCACAUUUUCCUUGAAUUUACCAAGUUGCCUCCCCAAAAGAACAAAGCUCAUUUGUAACCCUAAGCGGUGAUAUUAUAAUAAUCG